UAGGGGAUUCCCAGGGUGAGGCAGAGGGGAAGCCAGACACCAUGAGCACAGUCCCCAGCCACCAGUGGCUGGACCACGUCUUCAGCGCGGUGGAGAGUGAGCUGGAAAUGGGCCCCGAGACAGAGGAUGCCUCGGAGAGGGAGAUCAGGGUGGUGCUGGAGGAGAAAGCGCUGUGGAUGAACUUUAAGGAGCUCACCAAUGAGAUGAUAGUCACCAAAACUGGCCGGAGAAUGUUCCCAGUGCUGAAGGUCGGCAUCUCGGGCUUGGACCCCAAUUCCAUGUACUCUAUCCUCCUGGACUUUGUGGCUGCAGAUGGGAACCGCUGGAAGUAUGUCAACGGGGAGUGGAUUCCUGGUGGCAAGCCUGAGCCUCAGAGCCUGAGCUGUGUCUACAUCCAUCCCAAAUCCCCCAAUUUUGGGGCUCACUGGAUGAAAGCCACCGUCACCUUCAGCAAAGUCAAGCUCUCCAACAAGAUGAAUGGAGGGGGGCAGAUCAUGCUGAACUCCCUCCACAAGUACGAGCCCCGCGUCCACAUCGUGAAGGUUGGGGGGCCUCAAAAAGCGAUCAGCAGCUUUGCUUUCCCGGAGACCCAGUUUAUUGCCGUCACUGCCUAUCAGAACGAGGAGAUCACUGCCUUGAAAAUUAAACACAAUCCCUUUGCAAAAGCCUUCCUGGAUGCCAAGGAGAGGUGCGACUCCAAAGACGUUCUCGACCCCAGCAAUGAAGCUCAUCAGGCUGGCUAUUCACAGCUUGGGGGUUGGUUUCUGCCAGGCACCAGCUCUUGCUGUUCCUCUCCUGCCCAGUCUUCGUUCUCAGGCAGUCCUGGCCUCUCGUCUGGCCACAGCUCAUACUGCAAGACACACUCCAGCCUGCGGAACCCAAGGGCCUCACCUUAUCCGAGCCCAUACAGCCAGAUCAACGCCUCACCAAUUAAUUAUGUAGAUAACUCCAUUGGCCUCUCCCUGGUGUCUGCCCCUGACAGCUGGCCUGGCCUGUCUCUCUCCAGUUCUACGGGGGUUCUACCCAGCACUGCCUCUCCCACAAGUCAAUAUUCCAGCCUGUGGUCCCCCACCAGCAACUCGAUCAGUCCCGCUACUCAGUCCAGCUCCAACCCCCAGUUCCUGAGAGGCUCUUACAGCAGCUUGGCCUCUGCUAUCCCAGCCCCCUCCACAUCCUCAGUCUAUGACAAUGCCUUGGCAGAGGUGCCCUCGAGUGACUGUCAGUACGACUCUGCUAUUUCCUGUCUGGCAUCCACUUGGGCAACAGUCACUCAGACUUACUGAUGCUGAGAAGUUGCCCUCGUCCAUCUUCAAAAAUUACUGGAAAGAAGCCGGCAGAGGGCAAGGAAAGGGGCAGCUGAACAAUGGUGUGAACCUCUCUGCUCUCACAGCGUGUAGCUGAUUGCAUAGUCCUACAAGAUAAGAACUUUUCUCAGAACCUCCAUCAUUGUUUAAAGGCUAUGACAGAAUAUGGAAGGCGGACUCUUCCUGAGCAAGCAGAGGAUGAUACAGGUGGUAAUCUGUGCUCCGCAGCACCAGGGCAUAUCUCCAAGGAGAGAAUUAGCUUUACCCCCCUAGUUUGGAAAGCGAAGAAGAAAGAUGCAACCUGUCUGACUCUCAGGAUGGUGGAGCAAACGAGCACUGUCUUGUCGAGCGCAUGUCCCAGCAUAGCAUGCUGGCUGGCUGGACCUUGUUAUCACUUGCACACAGGAGACCCAAACAAGGGCAGUAAGAUCUGCAAACGUGUGUGCCAUGAUCUUGAAAAGUGGUGUAUUAUUUAUAGAGUUUUGUUGUAAAUAAACCUUUCUGACAACUAAGUGUUGUUUGCCUUUUGCUGAAGACUGAAACCCUCCGAGUUCUUACCGAUGUAAGUGCUGAUAAGGGGGUUUGGAGCAGGUAUAAGAAACUUUGGAAUAGGACAUACGGCUUAACUUCCUGCCUUCUUGCUCCUCCCUUAGGGAAGCUAAUCUUGGAUACCAAGACUAUGCUUCUUCCAAAUCAAGCAACCGACCGCAUGCUGUUCCCCAAACCCUCUACUAAUUACAGGGCAAACCUCAAACUUUAACAGAGACCCUCAUCCUCACCAUAUGCAGCCAUGGGCGUAUUGUGACUGAUCAUAACAGCCCCUCCCUCUACAGAUUCCUCUACCUCUGCUCUCAGAACUCCUCAAAAUAUUCAUAUGAGUCUGUUAUUUAAAUCCUUCCCAGAUCCUACUGGAAAACCAAGUGGGAGAGAGGGUUGGGCCCGCAACAAAAUAACAUAAUGCCAUAAAAUGCAGCGCUUAGAAUGUACUCACUUCACCCUCCACUCCCUGCCUCUUCCCCCAUGGUCACAGACCCAGAGCUACAGGUAAUAAAGUGACUGGAAUAAAAAGAUAUAUUCAUUAAUAGUAAGAAAUACUAGUCACCAUUUUAGGGUGGGUCAAACUUUACUAUGCCCCUUUGGAAAGGGGAAGGGAGAGAGAACACACUGUGCCUCAGUGAGAUGUCAUCCAACAACUAUAAUUUAAAAAAAUAAAGAAAACCAUCACUAUAUUUAAUCACUUCCUAGAGAACGGAUUAAAAAUCCCAGCUGGAUUCCAGGCUCUCACUUCAGGUCAAUGGAGCAUUUCAAGACUGAAAGCUCUCUACACUAGCUAACUGCUAAACACACCCAGACCACCUCUGCUUUAGAGAUCUCUCCUAACUGAAAAUGAAUCAGGGAAGAAGGAAUGAGGCUUUGGCUCCUGGGUGUUCCAAGAGUGCAGCUAUUUCACACAUUGGUGUUAGCAGAAGGUUAGCCCGAGUCAUUUGUCGACAAAUAUCUAACCUGAAGGUAUGUGGCAAAGGGAGGUUGCGGGAAAGAGGUGGAGGACCAGGAGGAAUUUGCUGCUUCUGAUUCAAGAAGUGACUAACAAUUGGGAGUUGGGGAGUCCUGCAGAUAGAUCAGCUCUGCUCCAUAAGAUGAGACUUUCAGAGCCACAGAAGCUUGCCAUUCGUUUAACUCACAUUCCAGAAAUAACUACUGUCCUUUACCCCACAUGAUCUCUUUGUUAACAAGAGCCAUGAUCCAAAACAUAACCCUUCCCUGCUUCUGGGAACUCCCAGAUACACAACCAUGCAGGAUGUACAAAUACUGUGGGUGUAAACCCACUUAUAUCACCAACUUUUCUACCACCUCAGUGUAAGGCUCUCCAUUUCCAGCUCCAUUUCAACGCCACUGAGCAGAGAGGAACAGUUAUCAACAGGAACGGAAUUGGUCCCACUGCAUUUCUACACCUUGCAUUUCAUUUUUCUUCUUCACCUAUGUUGAGUCUGUCACCUAAUAUGUGGGUAUCAGCAGGUACAUUGGGGCAUCCAACAGGCCAUACUUGCACUCAGAUGCAGACAGCAACAUUUCCCUGUGGGUUCUUCAGUGGCACAAUUGUCCCCUUACAUCGUAAUAUCAACACUUACAGCUACUGUUUAACUAAGAAGCAAUAAUUCAAAGAGGUACAAUUUGAUUACUCUGUCUGACUCACCUAGUUCAUGAACAGGAGAGGCCUCAUUACUACUUUUGUAGGGGUCUGUUACCAUCCACGGUGGUCUGCUGCCUUGUGUUUGCUGAUCAGGCAAUUGCUAUCUUCUCUCCUCUAUGAUCUCUGUGAGGUCGCAUAAUGAGGAAAUUCUGAUACCCAAGUGAGACACUGCUUUCAUCUGGCUAUGCUCCUUCCAUCUCCCCCGCCCCCCUGGGUCCUAAACCCUCCUAGCACAGGGACAGAAUUUCCACACUACACUUGGUUUUAAGGCUCUGAAGUGACAAGAUAGCACAGAGAGCAACUUCUACCAUUAGCCAGAAUGAAAUGGAGAGAAAGUGGGAAGUAAAAUAGUAAAGAAAGGUACUUCCAGCUAUCAAAGUGUCUUCCGAUUAGAGAAACUGAAAAGGUUAAAAUUUAGAGGGGCUUAGAAAUGGAUUUCUUGACCUAUCACUAAGAAUCAUUUACUUUUCACUACUGAUAUGGUUUUUUGCAUUUCUCUCUGCCUGGAAAAAGAAAAGGGACUACUCAGUUUCACACACUGCAUUCUCCUGCUCUAGUAUAGUGCUGCAAUGGCAAACACGACAGGUGACCUAACAAUGCCCUCUUAAAGUACCACAUUCCUCCAAGCUGUAAAAUUCACAUUUAAGAUUGAACACAUUCCAAACACCCUGUCAAGCGACUGUACAGCUAACAGAAGAGCAGGUAAGUUUAUACCACACAUGGAUUACAAUAACCACAUGCAACAGGGGGAGUCAAGGAGGGAGUUUCAAUCUAAAUACAUGAUUAGACAGCACUUCAAUCUAUGCACAGGUUUCAGAGUAGCAGACGUGUUAGUCUGUAUCCGCAAAAAGAACAGGAGUCCUUG